GGUCUGGGGCUGCUGCUCCUGGCGCUGCUCCUACCCACGCAGAUUUACUCAAACCAAACAGCUGUUGUGCAACCUUCAAGUAACACCUCCCAGAACACCUCCACUACCCCAAACCCAACUAAUGCCACCACCAAGGCAGGCAACAGUGCCCUGCAGUCGACAGCCAAUCUCUUUGUGGUCUCCAUCUCUCUUCUACAUCUGUACUGUUAGAGACUCUGGCCAAGAAAUGUCUCUACUUCCCCAUCUUGUAAACCCAACCCAAAUGGCGACUAAAAGUUCAAUGUGGCAAAGAAGAAAUCUAAUUCCACACUUUACUUUAGUGAUGCAGAAAAUGUUGAGAAUUCCAAAUUCGAUUCAUUUGAAGGACGUGUGAAGGGAUUGAUCAACGACGAAUGCCAAUAUUAAAUCUGCUGGAGUUUUUUUUGCUUUGUUUUGUACAAGAUGAAGAGAGAUAACAUCCAAGAUUAACCAUGAUUUCCUCAAAUACAGCUUAAGAAAUAUGGAUGCUUAAAACUACCUUGAAAACAAGAAUAGGUUUUAUCUAGAAAUAAAAGAUGGGAUGUGGAAUGGAGAUUCAGUUUUCAUUUGGUUCAUCAAAUCUAUAAUGCCAUAAAACAGAUAAUAUGAAAAGCUUCCAUGAUGCUAUUUAUAUGUACAUUAGAAGGAACUAUCAGAUGUUACUGUAAUUCCUCAAUGUGUUUUUUCAACAGUACUAAUUUAAUGCUGAUUUCCUCUAGGUAAAGUUUCCACACUGUUGAGCUAUCACUGUUUUCUUGGGAACUAAACUUUUUACCCCGCCCUCUGUGGCUUUGGAUUUGACAAGUUGCAUUUGACCUUUUAUGUAGUAAUUGACAUGUAUCUGAGUAAUUGUGGACAGGAACCCACCCCAAAAAUCUAAGCAUCACAAGUAAAUCUUAUCUUUCCAAAAUGAAAUGGCAGGCAUUUCCCACCACUCACUUUCAUUCAACAAAAGCACCAGAUCCAUUUAGCUAAACUGAUUCCAAAGAGUAGAAUUGUAUUGACCUCACCUAAUUUCAAAAUGCUGCCCUUUUAUUUCUGUAUAUGUUGAAUACUUCUCACAAUUAAAAAUAUAGUCUGUUCUCUUCUCCCCCCGCACCCCCCGGGGAUCAAACUCAGGACCUUGCGCUUUUGAGGCAGGCGGUGGUACCACUGAGCUAAAUCCCAGCUAUAGUCUUCUGAAGAUAAAAUCACAAAUCUUGAAAUUAAAAAGGUAAAUAUGUGAAGGAGCCAAAACUAAAUCAAGCAUUUGGGAAGCUAAGACUAGAAGCUAACUUGCAUAAAUUUGCAAAAAUUUUUAUACUUUUUCUGUAAAUACUUUUUUUAAAACUAUGGAUCACAGUAGCCACAUUUGGAACCCACUCUGUUAUCAGUCAAUAUUUUUAGAUAGAACUGUUGUAAGCCUUGAUUUUUGCUGUCUUUUACAACUUCCUUGAUGCACAGAAUCCUUAAAAAAAAAAAACAAAACAAAA